AUGACCCUCACCUAUGCCCGCCUUCUCUACGUGGUCAUAGCCAAUCCCGGAUACACUGAAGUUAAUCCCGACCAUAAAGAACGGACAGCAGGACAGGAGAAGAUACCGCAGCAUCAACGGCCUGGUUUGCAAGAGUUCAUCAAGCGUGACCUUUUUAUAUGCCAGGGGGACGGCCAGCCAAUAUGGUGCUCGCAAUGCCAAAAUUGGAAGCCCGAUCGCACACAUCAUUGUCGGGAGGUCGAUCGCUGUGUUCAUAAAAUGGACCACUUCUGCCCAUGGGUCGGAGGGGUAGUUUCUGAAACCUCAUUCAAGUUCUUCGUCCAAUUCGUCGCUUACACAGCCAUUUACUGUACCUUUGUUCUGAUUCUGGUCGCUGUCCUGCUCCAUGAAUACGUCAAGGCUUAUCAUAAAAUACAUGUGCAUUGGGUGGUCACACUUGCAAUGGCGGCGCUAUUUGGGCUUUUCACGGUCGGGAUGACAGGGAGUUCGCUGCAAUUUGCUCUAGUAAAUACAACCACGAUCGAGAACCUGUCGAGGAAGACGGUGGUCUACCAGCUUGCAAUUCACCUACCUCGUCCGCCACAAGAACGGCCACCCUUUCCUACAAUCUCGUUUCCUGUAACUCAGCCAACAGCCUACACUGACAUCGCUGGCCACGGGCUUAAAACCUUUGCCAUUCUACACAGUAGACCUGGAGACAACCCAUGGGACCUCGGCGCUUUUGGAAAUUUCAAGAGUGUUAUGGGAGAGCAAUGGUACGACUGGUUGCUACCUCUUAAAUACAGUCCAUGUACAAAACACGAUAGGUGCUGCGGUCCAGAGGAUGAAACAAGAAGCGGGUAUCGUGCCAUUGGAGGAAAGGCCUCGUCACAGAAGAAGACGACGACGAAGACGAAGACAAUCAGUGCAACUGGUAGAUAG